AUGUUCCAAGUCAGUUGCGCCACCGAAGACCACCGGAAUUCGAAAUCUCACAGUCGGAUCAAAACCCCCCACUCUAAUUUGUUGCUUCUUGAACAAUUUGAAGAAAACCAACUCUAUAGGGACGACGGCGAGGCGGAGGCGACUCGGUCAGGGCCAGUUGCGACCUCGGGCCACACUCAGAAGACGCCGAGAAAGCCUGGUUGGGUCGACGGGGUUCGGGUCGGAAGAAGAAAAGAAGAUGGGGAGCUAAUUCUGAUCUUAAUGUUGGCCACUACGUACUCGGGAUUGGGAUUUCAGGCAGAAGGCAUUCAAUCACUGUUGUUGGCACCAAUCUAUGAAGGACUUAGUGAUGAAGCAAUGGGUCUUCCAUCUCUACUCCACUCUAUUGUUUUUAUAUGGAUUAUAACAUCAUCUUGUUUUAUUAUUGGGUAUGGCCAAGAUGGUAUUCUUAAUGUGCUUGAUUUCGGUGCAUAUGGCGAUGGCGUAGUAGAUGAUACACAAGCUUUCAUCAAUGCGUGGACGAAGCUUUGUGGUACUGGCCAAAUACUUAAAAUCCCUACAGGGAAGACUUUUGUAGUGAAACCUUUCGAACUUGUAGGUCCUUGUAAAUUCGGUAAUAUUGUAAUUCAGAUUGAUGGGAAUAUUGUUGCUCCAUCUACUAUUCAAGGAUGGGAGAACGUGUGCAAAUUGAGAUGUUGGUUAUGUUUUCGAAACGUGAAUGGUCUCAUCAUCAAGGGGAUGGGACUUAUAAAUGGCAAGGGUUCAAUUUGGUGGAACCAAAAAACCCAAAACAUAAAUGAGACUGACUUGAGUUGUGGAGCGCCCUCGGCUAUGCAUUUCCACAAUUGCAAUGACCUUCAAUUAUAUGGAUUCACUUCUCGUGACAGCCCAAGAGAGCAUAUAUUUAUACACAGCAGCAAUCGUGUACAUAUAUCAAAUAUUCAUUUGAAUGCACCAGAAAACAGCCCAAAUACAGAUGGCAUUGAUAUUUCUUUAUCAAGCCAAGUAACUAUACAAGAUUCUUUUAUCAAAACAGGUGAUGAUUGCAUUGCAAUUAAAGGAGGCUCAUCUUUUGUAAACGUAACUCAUGUGACAUGUGGACCAGGUCACGGCUUUAGUGUGGGCAGUUUAGGACAAGAUCCAACUAUUGCAGAUGAAGUCGAACAAAUAUACUUUCAGAAUUGUAUAUGUGAGAAAACUAUGAAUUGCGCAAGGAUAAAAACAUGGAUGGGAGGAUCCGGAUAUGCUAGGGAAAUUUUCUUCAGACGAAUGACCCUUAUAGAGUCAAAAAAUCCUAUUUUGAUUGAUCAACACUACAGUUAUAGUGCUAAAUAUCCAACUAAGAAUGGAGCAGUGAAAGUUAGUGCAAUAACAUUCAUAGACUUCAGCGGAAGUUCAUUGAGUGAGCAAGCAAUAACAUUAAAUUGCUCAAAUUUGGGUUGCUCGAAUAUUUUGAUAGAUCAUGUUAUCUUAAAAACUGCAACGGGAAAACCACUCUGGUCUCUAUGCAACAAGGCUAGUGGCAUUGCUAGGUUUACUGAACCUCAUGUUCCAUGCUUGUCAUCGAAGCAAUCUCCAUCACCAAUGAUUGCACCAAUAUGA